UGAGAGGUCGGAACCAAACUGCGGUGGCAGAGCGGCUGUCAGGGCCCGAGAGCGGAAGCAGGAUGGAGGUAAAAGAUGCAAAUGCUGCAAUGCUGAGUAAUUAUGAGGUCUUUAAGCUUCUGACUGAUCUUAAAGAGCAACGGAAAGAAAGUGGAAAUAAGAAGCAUAGUGCUGGUCAGCAAAAUCUCAACACAAUAAUGUAUGAGACUUUAAAAUAUUUGUCCAAAACACCAUGCAAACAUCAGACCCCAGAAAUUGUAACCAAGUUUCUUAGAGCCAUGCUUCCGCAAAGACUGACCAAGGCAGAAAAGCUUCAGCUGUUGAAUCACAGACCAUUAACUGCAGUGGAGAUACAGUUGAUGGUAGAAGAGAGUGAAGAAAGAUUAACAGAAGAACAGAUAGAGAAGCUUCUAUCCACAAUCAAUAGCAUUCUGCCAGGCGACCCUGAUGAGCAAGCUGCAACUCAGCAGCAGGAAGAUGUGGAUAUGGACGCUGAAGAGAAGGGAAACCAAUAGACAGAAACUUAACAGAAUCCAGUCAAUACACACUAUUCCCGUUCAGGAAAUGUUUUGAUGAUUGAUCUACCUUGGCUUUGGUAUUUAAACCCCAUUGACUGUACUUGGAUUCAAGCAUACUGUAAUAGUAAUUUCAGAUACUGUACAGAUGUUUUCAGUUAUGUUCAUACUAUCCAUACUAUACUUAUGAGACAUAAGCUAUGACUGAUGAGUGUUUAUCUUAACCCAAAACUAAUGUUUUUACUUUACAAAUAGUGCAAAAACCACAAUACUUAAACCUCCAUAGCUAUGAAUUUGGUUUAAAACUGACUAAAUGUGUUCCUUACACACUUAAGGUUAGUCUAUGAAAGACAUUUUUCUAGACUAGGUUACAAAGGGACAUAUGUGCAGAGUUGAGAAAGAAAUGCUUAAUUGUACAUUUUAUAAACAUAUUAAAGAUGCUAUACUGGAAACUGCACCGUUAAAUAAACUGAAACAACACAUCUGGUAUAAGUCCCCUGAAAAUAUUCUGCCAAAAAGUGAAGUUUGAAAGCAUUUUGUAAAGCUACAAAAAUAAAUGUGCAUUCUUACACCAAUCUUUUUUUAAAGAUCAAGGAGGAAUUAGUUCAAAGUACCUAUUCACAUCAUAUAUCAAUGAUUUAGAUGAGCGAACUAAAUGUAGUAUUGCCAAGAUUGCAAGACAGCUCAAAGCUGGGUGCGAGCAUGAUCUGUGAGGAAGAUGCUGAGGUGUGAUUUGGACAAGUUGAAUGCGUGGGAAAAUGCAUGACAGAUGAAGCAUAAUGUGCAUAAAUGUGAGGUUAUCAACUUAGGUAGCAAAAACGGGAGGUCAGAUUAUUAUCUGAAUUUAUUAUUGUGGUGAGAGAUUGAUAGGCGGGUGGGGGGAUGCAAUAAAACCUGGGUGUCCUUGUACACCAGAUACUGAAAGUAAGCAUGUAGAUGAAACAGGCAGUGAAGAAGACAAAUAGUGCUGGCCUUCAUAGCAAGUGGAUUUGAGUUCAGGAGUAGGGAUGACUUGCUCCACUUGUUCAGGGACUUGGUGAGACCACAUCUGAAGUAUUCUGUGCAGUUUUGAUCUCUUUCUUUGUGGAAGGAUGCUCUGGCUACAGUGGAAAAGCAAAGGUUUACCAGACUCAUUCCUUGGAUGACUGGACGGAUGAAUGAAGAGUGAUUGGUCAGGACUGUGCUCUUGAGUUUAAAAGAAUAAGUGGGGGACAUCUGAUAGAAACCUUUAGAAAUCUAACAGGAUUAGGCAGCAUAAAUAUAGGAAGGAUAGUCCUGAUGACCAGGAGUCCAGAACCACUGGUCACAAUUUUAUGGUACAGUGUAGAGCAUUUAGGACUGAGCUGAGACUUUUCUUCCCCGGAGAGUGGUGAGCCAUUGGAAUUCUCUGCCACAGAAAUCUGUUGAGGCCAAACCAUAGAAUGCUUUUAAGAAAAAGUUAGGUAUUGUUCUUUGGAUAAAGGGAUCGAAGGGUAUGAGGUGAAAGCAGGAACAGGGUCAAAAGACUGAAUGGCCUACUCCUGCUCCUAUUUUCUGAGUAACGGCAACGUUGGAAUAUAAAUUCUCUAUAAAUUAUGAAACAAAUUUUCAUUCUUGGGUGAACAACUUCAGCAAAUUAAUAAUGAUGACAUUUAAUUAUAUUCUAUCAAUAUCUGUGUUUCUUAAGAAAGAUGAGUUCAAUAGCAUCUGGUGCUUACUGCACUGAUUGCACAAAAUCACUUGAAAAUGUACUUAUAUGAUUAUCGCUGCUUUCAACAUUCAUCCAUGUUGAAUGAAAGAAACAGCUAACAGCUGCAAAUUUUGUGCAGGGCCAGACAGGAGGAAAAGAAUCCCCUGUGUGUCUCCAAUUUUGCUUUAUGUGAAAGGAGUAGAAAAGUUACCUGAACUAACCAUUCACAUUUACAUUAAACUCCAUUCAUGACAAGGCAACCAUUCAAAAUCUGUCGUGGUGGAGAGAGAAAAACAGAAGACUGGCCUGUACGCUGUUCUUGUUUUUAAUGUCUGCAGAACAUUAUUGAUGUAAAGUAGUCUGCAAAAUAAACCGGAGCAAAUCAGAAAUAAUGUAUAGAAGCAAAA